AUCUGCGGCUGCCAGUGUUAGGCAGCAUAGUUUAUAUUACCCUGGUCACAAUGUUUCUCCACACUGUCCUCGCUGGCUGUCUUCUUGCCUCAUCACAUGCAAUGUCGGUAACUUCAAGAUCUAACUCUGAGCCCUUGCAGCAUUCGCCGCCUAGCGCACACCCGUCCACUAUUGGACCUGUCACUGACCUUACUAUCGCCAACAGAGUAAUCGCACCUGACGGCUUUAAACGGUCGGCUACACUCGCAGGAGGAAUCUUUCCUGGUCCUCUCAUCAAGGCGCAGAAGAAUGACAACUUUAGCAUCAAUGUUGUAAACCAAUUACAGGACAAAGACAUGCCUUUAUCGACGAGCAUACAUUGGCAUGGCAUCCACCAACAGAAGACGAACUGGGCAGAUGGCACUUCGUUCAUCACUCAAUGUCCGAUCCCUCCAAAUCGCUCUUUCCUCCACCAAUUUAGCGCACCCAACCAGACGGGAACUUUUUGGUAUCACUCGCAUUUUUCCACCCAGUAUUGUGAUGGUCUUAGAGGACCACUUGUCAUAUAUGACCCUGAUGAUCCACACAAAGAUUUGUAUGAUGUAGAUGACGAGAGCACAAUACUGACAAUUUCCGACUGGUACCACGAUCCUACGACCGUGUUAAAUAAGAUCAUCGGCCCCGUCACUAACAACUCUACCCUCAUCAAUGGUCUGGGGCGCUACCCUGGUGGACCCCUGUCACCUCUUGCCGUCAUUAAUGUUGAGCAGGGCAAACGUUACCGGUUCCGCGUCCUUGGUCUUUCUUGUGACCCAUCAUAUAACCUCACUAUCGAUGGCCAUAUCAUGACCAUCAUUGAAGCUGAUGGCGUCGAAACUAUCCCUGAGACUGUGGAUUCGCUUCCGGUGCUCGCUGGCCAGCGCUACUCUGUCGUCGUCCAUGCGAACCAGCCUGUGGCUAAUUACUGGGUUCGCGUACUACCCAACCUUGGAAAUCAAUCGUUUACAGGCGGCUUGAACCAAGCCAUCCUUAGGUACAAGGGUGCGCCCGAGGAAGAUCCUACGAGCUCUCCUGGACCCUCCGUCUUGUCAUUCAACGAAGCAAAGCUUGCAUCCUUGAUGAACAUUCCGGCUCCCGGUGUGCCUGGAAUUGGCAAGGCAGACAUCAACAUCAACUUACUUGCCGGUAACGUCAAUAACCUCUUCACGAUCAACAACGUUUCGUACCAUAACCCUCCGAUGCCGGUCCUGUUGCAAAUGCUCAGCGGGGCUCAACAUCCUUCGGAUUUGCUGCCGAGCGGAAGCGUAUACGAGCUUCCCCCGAACAAGGUCGUAGAGAUUUCCAUUCCCAACACGGGUGCAGCUCCUGGCGGUCCACAUCCUAUGCACCUUCAUGGACACAAAUUUGCCGUUGUCAGAGUUGCAGGCAACAGUACACCGAACUUCGUUAACCCAAUCUGGAGAGACACCGUAAGUAUGGGAACGACCGUAGGGGAUAAUGUUACUUUCCGUUUCGUCACGGACAAUGCUGGACCAUGGUUCUUCCAUUGUCAUGUUGACUUCCAUCUGAACAACGGCUUUGCAGCGGUCAUGGCUGAAGCUCGGAAUCAACUACCCAUCGUCAGCGAGAGUCUUCCAGACACUUGGGCCUCCUUGUGUCCUACAGACAACCCAUAUACUGCAUCACACCUCAAUACGAGCAUACUCACAUGAUCGUGCGCUAUCUUCGCGCCCAGAUUUUUCUCCAACCGCUUCUGCGAGGUAUAUUCCUCUUUUGAUUGCCGCUUCAAGUCUGCAAAAAUUUGCAUAUAUUUUCACAUCACAUUGAUUUAUUGAUCAACGUUUUAUUUGCUUUCUUUUUAUUUCGUAACUUAUUUGCAUAGGUUGUGGGGGCGGGGGCAUGUAAUACAGUAUAGCUGUGCUGUUUCUAGGGAUAAACGUUAACUAUUGACC